AACCCACCAUAUCCAACCGAAGAAACGUGCAAGACCACUACUAAAGAAAUGUGCAGGACCACCACCAAAAAAACGAGCAAGACUACUACCGAAGAAAUGAGCAAGACCACCACUGAAAAAAUGAGCAAGACUACCACCAAAGAAAUGAGCAAGACCACCACCAAAGAAACAUGCAAAACCACCACCAAAGAAACGUGCAAGACUACUACUGAAGAAAUGUGCAAGACCACUACCGAAAAACAUGCAAAACCACUUACCGGAGAAACAUGUGAGACCAUACACCAAGAAGAAAAUCUAACAGCA